GCGGGGGAACGAUGGUCGCAAGAUGGCGGCGCUGAAGGAGGCUCGGAGCUACGGGCUGUCGUGCGGGCGCGUGAGCGACGGCAGUAGGGUGUCGGUGUUCCACGUGAAGCUCACCGACAGUGCCCUGAAGGCUUUCGAGAGCUAUCGUGCCAACCAGGACUCUGUAUCUCGGAGACCAUCAAUCCGAUUUGAAGGAAGUCAGGGGCACAUCUGCAUACCCCAGCCUGACUGCCCUAACGAAGUGCGGACCUUCUCCUUCUACCUCUCCAAUGUCGGCCGUGACAGCCCACAGGGCAGCUUCGACUGUGUGCAGCAGCAUGUCUCCAGCCAUGGAGACGUCCACCUGGACUGCCUGGGCAGCAUCCAGGACAAGGUCACAGUGUGUGCCACUGAUGACUCCUACCAGAAGGCACGGCAGAGCAUGGCACAGGCAGAGGAGGAGACACGGAGCCGCAGCACCAUUGUCAUCAAGGCAGGAGGCCGCUACUUGGGCAAGAAGGUUCAGUUUCGGAAGCCAGCGCCAGGUGCCACUGAAGCUGUGCCCUCCCGGAAGCGAGCCACCCCCAUCAACCUUGCAAGCGCCAUCAGGAAGACAAGUGGGAGUGGGGCUAGUGGGGUGUCACAGAGGCCCUUCCGUGACCGAGUGCUGCACUUGCUGGCACUGAGACCCUACCGGAAGGCUGAGUUGCUCUUGCGGCUGCAGAAGGAUGGCCUGGUGCAGGCUGAUAAGGACGCACUGGAUGGCCUGCUGCAACAGGUGGCCAACGUGAGUGCCAAGGACGGCACAUGCACACUGAGAGACUGCAUGUACAAAGACGUGCAAAAGGACUGGCCCGGCUACUCGGAGGGGGACCAACAACUGCUAAAGCGGGUGCUGGUGAGGAAGCUGUGCCAGCCGCAGAGCCUCUCCACAGAGCCAGCUGCCUGCAGCCCACCCCGUGAGCACGGACGCUCUGUCUCACCCUCUCAGAAAAGACUGCAGCCUCCUGAUGUCAUUGACCCCUUGGCCAGCAAGAAGCCCCGGAUCUCCCACUUCAUGCAGAGAGCACAGCCCACCCUCAAUGGCAAACUGGGUGCCUCCAAUGGCCGUGAGACUCUACUACCCCCCCAGGGGCCACCAGCCACCACAGACAUUCUCAACUCUAGCCACCUACCCCCACGACUGGAGCCUCCGCGAAACCAUGACCCUCUGGCUGAUGUCAGCAAUGACCUGGGCCAUAGUGGUCAGGACUGCAAGCGCACAGAGGCCUCCCUGGCCCCACACCUCGACCUGCCCCUGCUCACAGACUGCACCCAGCUUGAGUCGCCUGCUGGUUCCACACACAGUAGACCCAAGAAGAAGUCCAAGAAGCACAAAGACAAGGAGAGGCAGGUGGAAGACCAGCCCAAACACCCUCAGCCAGAUGUGCCCGCUGCCCCCGUGCCAUCCCCAAACACCCCAGGUCUCAAUGGAGCCUGUGCCAGUGUACCCAUGUCCACGUCGGAGAUACCAGACUACCUGCUGAAAUAUGCAGCCAUCUCCUCCUCUGAACAGCGCCAGAGCUAUAAGAACGACUUCAAUGCUGAGUACAGCGAGUAUCGUAACCUGCAUGCCCGCAUUGAGCAGAUCACACGUCGCUUUACACAGCUCGAUGCACAGCUCCGUCAACUGUCCCAGGGCUCCGAGGAGUAUGAGACAACCCGCGGACAGAUCCUACAGGAAUACCGGAAGAUAAAAAAGACCAACACUAACUACAGCCGGGAGAAGCGGCGCUGUGAGUACCUGCAUCGUAAGCUGGCACACAUCAAGAAGCUUAUCGCAGAGUAUGAUCAGCGGCAGCUGCAAGCCUGGCCCUAGCUGCUGCCUCCGCCACGGCCAUGGGCUCCAGGACAGCUGGACACCUGCAGCCCAGACCUUGGCUGCCCUCUUGCCCCAGACUUGGGCACCGCCUGCCUUUUCUAGUUUUAUACGAGGUCAGCCCCUUUCAGCUGCCACGCAGAGACUCAUCUAUUUUUGUACAUCUUUUCUAUACUGUGCCUCCUGUCCCUGGCCCCAAGCCUUCAUGCAGUGUUAUGGACGGACAGACACUGCCUGGAAGAGGCUGGACAGGCAGGCGUGCUGUGAGAGGUUCCAUUCCCAUUGCAGGAUACCAGCUGGGCCCCACAGCUGCUGUGAGCCUGGGGCCGCCAGUUGUCAGGGUCACCGGUGGCCAUGCUGCAGCUCCAGCCCUCAGCAGAGGUGUCAGCUGUACCGAUUCCCUUCCAUACCUGCUCCUCACUUCACACCAAGGCUGUGUGGUCUCCAUGCUGCUGUUCUCGCCUGUCCCUGUCCGCUUGUGGGUCCUGGGGCUGUCCCAGGGUGCCCCUGCCAGGGUCAUACACUCAGGGAAGACUGGGGCACCACAAGGAUGACACCCUGUCUGCCCGCUGGGAUGCAGGCUCUGCGGACUCCCAAUUGCUGCUUUGUUGCUGUGCCUAGUCUCCUAGUCCCCCCCCAAAAAAGCACUGGGGGACGUGUGUGUGCAUGUGUGUAUGCGUGCACACAUGUGCGUGGUGUGCCUGUGGUCUGAGUGUGCAUGUUCAGGGCCAAGUGAAGCCAUGCUGUGAAGGCGGUGGGGGCAGUGAUGACCAGGAGGGGUCACAUAGAUUCCUGCUACUCAAAGUAGUGGGCUAGGGAGUACGGAAACCCACCAACACAGAUGUGUCUAUUUUUCUAAACUGGGGUGUCUUCUGAUGGCUGGGAAGCGCCUGGCACAGUCAGUGGCUUUCCUCUGGGACCUCCAUGCUUUAGUAGCUCUUGUUUCUUAUUGGGGCGGUGGGGGCAGGCCCAGCACAGGAUCUUCAUGGCUCAUGGAAGGGUGGACCCAGUCCAGGAUGCUCCCGCCUCUCCUCACCCCAUCCCGCCCUAGGAAGCCCAUUCCAGGGAAUCAGUCCUUUCAUUGUCCUUUGUCCUCAAGCAUUUAUGAAAUUAAGGAAAUGCUGUGCUUUGGGCGGACAGAUGGACAGCAUUGAUGGAUUAAAUAUGCUCUAACUUAUUGAUACUGGGUUUCCCCCUUUUAAUGUUGUACUGUGGAGAAAAUCUAUUUUGAGCCAUGGAGUUGGUGUUUACAAGAAUUUUUCACUUUUGCCAAAAUGUUACAAUCAACAGGUGUCCCAUCUUCACUGAUAUUUUCUUAACCUCUCCAGCGGCCUUUUGUACACAAAGAAGGUGAAUGCCAAUUUCCAACAAUAAAUAUCACCAAACUGAACCCCA